AUGGUGGUACCAAAAAAAGGCAAUCAGCAGGAAAAAGUGUACACUAUUUCUGACAUUCAGCGAGGUAUUGGGGAUAUGAAAGAUGUACUCUUAGCAAUAUACGCCUUCACAGGAUAUGACACGGUAUCAGCUAUCUACAAGAAGGGAAAAAUUACACCGUAUAAAAAAGUGCAAGCCGACAACGUUCUUCGUACAAAACUUCUAGUCUUCAACGACCCCAAAGCUGACCCCAAUGCAGUGGCUGACGCUGGAAAGCAUUUCCUUCUUACGAUGUUUGGAGCCAAGAACACUGAAAAUCUAGACUCUUUUCGCUACCAGUGUUACUUGCAGUCUAUUGCAAAGCAGCCCAUGCAUUCGUUGUUCAAGUUGGCUGUACUUCCUCCCACUUUAGCAGCUUCCAGGCAGCAUGCAUUUAGAACCUACCACCAAGUGCAGCAGUGGCUGAACGAGAACAAGAAUCCGCUCGAGUGGGGGUGGAAAAAGAUUGGCGAACACCUGACACCAAUUACAACAGCACGUCCUGCAGCUCCCCAGGAGUUACUUUCUCUCAUAGUGUGCGCUUGCAAAGUCGAAUGCGUCCGUAACUUCGAAUGCAGAAAGAGCGGUCUAAACUGCUCAAGCAUGUGCGGUAAUUGCUUAGGCCUAGGAUGUAAUAACAGAGACACGAUCAUAGAAGAAGAUAUAGAAGAGGAAGAAGACCCGGUAAUUAUAUGUGCUGCAUGUACCCAACUAGAGGUUAAGGUUAUCACCUGUCUGUUGAUGGUAACAAAGGCUGGACGUCUCCCAUACGCAGCUUUGACUAUUUUAGAAGAUUAUAACAAUAUCACGACUAUCAGUUGUUCUAACUUUGAUGAAUUAAAUAAUGUUCUGUUCGAGAGAGGUGAUAAGUUAAACUUCACUAAACUUCAUUACAAUAUCAGGAGCUUGCAAGCUCACUAUGAUGAGCUUUGUAUAAACAUAGCGGUGUUAAAUAAGAAUAAAAAUACAGGUAUAGUUGUUUUGAGUGAGAUCUGGAAUAUCAGUAAUAUCAACAGUUAUAAAAUAAAUGGCUUCCAAAUUUACUAA